AUGAUUAUUCAUGCAGCCUUGUUCUGUUCAUUAUCUAUCUAUCUAUCUAUCUAUCUAUCUCAGUCUGUUCAUUAUCUAUCUAUCUAUCUAUCUAUCUCAGUCUGUUCAUUAUCUAUCUAUCUAUCUAUCUAUCUAUCUCAAUCUGUACUUUAUCUCUCUCCACCUGUUCAUAUCUAUCUACUCACUCAUAUCUUUUGUUCAUGUGCCUAUCAUUUAUUCAAUUCUUUCUUUUUUUCUUUCUUUCUUUUUCCUAUAUUUCAGUUUGUUCAUGUCUAUUAUCUAUUCAAUUUUUUCUUUCUUUUUUCUUUCCUUCUUUUUCCUAUAUUUCAGUUUGAUCAUGUGUUUAUCAUUUAUUCAAUUCUUUCUUUCUUUCUCUUCCCUUUCUUUUUUCUUUCUUUCUUAUUCAUAAAUUUCAGUUUGUCAAUGUGUCUAUCAUCUAUUCAAUUCUUUCUUUCUUUCCUUUUUUUCUUUCUUUCUUUUUCCUAUAUUUCAGUUUGUUCACGUGUCUAUCAUCUAUUCAAUUCUUUUUCUGAUAUUUCAGUUAAGCUGAGAAUUUUUCAUCAUCCCUUCUUUAAAUAUGUCAUGUAUUAUCUAUCUAUCUAUCUGAUUUCUUAUCUAUCUAUCUAUCUAUCUAUCUAUCUAUCUAUCUAUCUGCAUCAUCUUAUCUAUCUAUUCAUUAUCAUUCAUUUAUCUAUCUAUCUAUCUGAGCUUUUAUCUUUCUAUCUAUCAAUCUAUCUGACCUGUUUCUAUCUAUCUAUCUAUCUAUCUAUCUAUCUAUCUAUCUAUCUAUCUAUCUAUCUAUCAGAGUUUGUUCUUAUCUAUCAAUUUAGCCAUCUAUCUGUCUGCCAAUAUGCUAUUGUAUCAUAG